CACACCAUGUUGUUGUCUUUCGUCGGUAGACCUCUGAACAGUCUGAGGGUCUCCGGUGCGUUGACUAAAGCUACAGUCGCAAUGGCAGACGCUCUGGCUAAAAUCCCCGAUGUGGAGAUUGAUCCAGAGGGAAUUUUUAAGUACAUUCUGGUCAGAGUGAAAGUGAAAGAUGGCGAUGUGCAUAAAGACAUUGUCCGGGGCACAAAAAGUGCAGAAUAUCACAAUCACAUAUUUGAGAAGGUCAGUCCAGCUAUGGAGGCCUUGGGGAUGGAGUGUAAAUGCCUUGGAGGAGGGAAGAUAGAGCACAAGAGCCAAGACAAAAAACUAAGGGUGUUUGGAGAAUCAACUGCCUUUGGCAAAGCAGACCAUUCUGUGUCUGUAGAGAAGUUGAAGAGUGCCUACAGCAACUAUGAAAUCACCUGGUCUGAUGACAAAAAAUAAAGUUUAAAGCUGUA